AUGGAGACCGUAAACAACAUCGCAUCGGCAGCCUCGCGUGCCAUCUGGGGUGAAUCGGCUCAGACGGGUGAGACUGCCACUGCUGCAGGCACCGAACCGGUUUCCGGUAAGACCGGGAAUGUGGAAGCGGGGGAGCCGUAUGAUAAGGGGAAUGAUGGUGAGCCAGUGAAUAAUACUUCUUCUUCGACGACUACCGACUCGAAACUUCCUACCUACUUGAACUAUCAGAAGGAGAACGCAAAUACAGAUACGACAACUUCGAAAGAUACUACAACCAACUCAUCUACAGAUACCCCCUCAACAGCACCCACAACCACACCAUCAAACACCACCACCUCCAAAAUGACAGACAACACCCCCUCCACCUCCAUCGAGAAACCAACCACCUCCUCCACCGACGACUCCUCCACGACCGCACCACCCAGCAACCGCUCCGACCCCGCCCCCGCCGCCCAAUCAGCCGCCAACCAAGAAGCGAUCCAGAAAUCUACUCCCGCCGACACCACUCCCGCCGACAAGAACGACGACAAAGAAGACGACGAAGCAACCCAACAAGCCGGUCUCAAAGCCGACGGCAUCACCGAGACGUCCAAGGAAGGCGACCAUGCGCCGAAGUUCGAUACCUUUAAGACGAGUGACGGGCCGCAUAUCGGGGAUGGGAAGAAUGAUGGGCGUGUAGGGCCGCCGAUUGAGAAGGGCGAUUUGAAGGAGUUUGAGAAUCAUGAUGGGUCGGAGACGAAGAAGGAGGAGGGUGAGGGGAAGGUCGAGGGGAAAGUUGCGGAGGAGAAACAUGCGCAUCAUGGUGAGGAGAGCGUGAAGAAGGAUACGGAGAGUGCGGAGAGGGCUGAUAGUCCCGGGAAGGAGAAGGUUAGCUUGAAGGAUAAGAUUAAGGCGAAGUUGCAUAAGCAUUAGAUGGCUGGUUGGUUGGAUAUGGGGGUUCGCUUCUGGUUUUUUGUGUAAUUCUUUGAGAUUUUGAUGAUGGGUGCAAAGGAGGGGAAGGGGGUAAUUAAUCAAUGCAUUGCGUG